UGUCCCCCCUAGUAUUUCUUUAGAAUUAUCCUCAACACCAUGUUUUUCUUAUUAUAUUACUUUUUCCAAUUUGCAUAUCAAUUAUAUUAUUCUUUUAUCAUCUUCAAAUUCAAUCAUAUAUCAUCUUCUACUACUUCAUAUUCAGAUCUAAAACCAUCCAAACAAGUAAACAACCUAAGAAAAUAUCAAAACCCUAACCAUGUCUAUGUUUUCAAACUUCAUGUUCCCACCACCGUCUUCUAUAUUUGUCACAACCAUGUCAAUUAUAAGCUUUAUUGCACUUGUAAGUUAUGGUAUUUCUGAAAUUAGAGGAAAGCAUUUGAACUAUUCAAAAUUCUGGAAUGCAAAUAACAAUAGUGGAAAACAAAUAAAGUUUUCAAGUAAGGUUGGUAUGUUAUUGCUAUAUACUCCUGCCUUUCUAGCUGCUGCGGCGUCGUUUUGGAUCUUUCCUAAUGAAGGUUUUAGAUCUAUAGUUCUUCACUCUGCUUUGACCAUUCAUUACUUCAAGAGGGUCUUUGAGUCUCUUUUUGUUCACAAAUACAGUGCAUCCAUGCUUCUUGAUUCAGCAAUUCCCAUCACUCUAAGUUACUUUAUGUCAACCGUAACAUUAAUCUAUACUCAACACCUCACAAAAGAGCUUCCAGAGCCAUCAAUUAAUUUAACAUACCCAGGGAUUAUGCUUUUUCUAAUAGGCAUUAUUGGCAACUUCUACCAUCAUUGUCUUCUAUCAAAAUUAAGAGGAAAAGGUGAAAAGGAAUACAAAAUUCCUAAAGGUGGCUUAUUUGGGAUUGUGAUAUGUCCACAUUAUCUUUUUGAGAUAAUUGAUUUUUAUGGGGUGUUUUUUAUUUCUCAAACGUUGUAUUCACUGUGUUUUGCAAUUGGUACUACUUUUUAUUUGUUGGGGAGGAGUUAUGCUACUAGGAAUUGGUAUCUUUCUAAGUUUGAAGAUUUUCCUAAAAGCAUUAAGGCUGUAAUCCCGUUUGUGUUUUAAGUUGUUGUAAUAUUGGUCCCCUAAGGAGGACAGGGACAUUGGUGGUGAGACUGUAAUGUGUUAUUUGUAAGGUUUAUUUUUCUUGGAUGUGUAUUGAAUAAAAUAAGUUUUUUUUUUUGGAUCAGUAAAAUAA